AUGGGGUUUGGAUUUCACACCGCAUCGGCGGUCUUGAUGAUAAUAUGCCUUGUUUUCUUGAUCCUUGCCACAAUAUCGGCCCCAGUGGUGCCUUCGUUUGCCUUGGGCCAAACUACAAGCCACAGAUUUGGUGUGUUUGGGCUGUGUGAAAUUAAAUCUGGGAGUUGUACUAAAGCUGCUUAUCCUUACACUCUUGGUGAUAUCGAUAAAGGUUCUGGCUGGACAUUGGCUCCGUCUACUAGAAAUUCGUUAUCCAAGAUCUUUAUUUUGUGCCCGAUCGGAGCAGGUCUUAGUUUGAUAACAUUACUUGCUAUUCUUGUGGGCCACUGUGUUGGAUCAGUGGCUCUUAUUUUGGCGAUUGUUUUCAAUGCCAUCUCGUUUAUCAUUGCGGUUCUUGUAUGUGUUAUUGUGAUCGUUGUGUUCAACCCAAAUGUUGCUUGGACUGGUUGGAUCUUGAUCGGACUGGCAGUAGCCUCGUUGUUUUCUCUCAUUUUGUUGGUACUUGCCCUCAAGUUCCAUGGCUCUCGUGACGAUGCAGAUGAAAACGAAGGCGACACUACUAGCUUUGAAGGUGAUAGGGCUUUUGGUGUACCUAACAAGGCGUUCGACGAGAAAUUUUCCGCACCUAGAUCUGGUGGUUAUGGUGACGACUCGUCUUUCAAGCAGUCAUACCAAUUCACUGUCCAAAAGCCUCAGACACAAGUUUCGAAAACGUUGACAAACUCUAGUGUCUACAACUCCAACCCACAGUUGGCAAAGGAUUUUACGGUUCACGAUAGACCUUCAAACUUGUCGCUUGGUCGCACCGGAACUGCUAGCUCUUCUUUCUACGAUGAACUGCGGGUAAACUUGGUCAAUGGUCCUAAUACGCCCGUUGUAAGCAAUAAGCAAAUGGCACCAAACGUCAGACCAGAAGUAGCUCAGACGCAAAUGCCUGCCCCAAAACAACCUCCUUAUCCAGCUCAAAAUCCCUUGGACAAGAGGCCAUAUAACCCCACUGACAUGAGUGUGUUUGAACACCAUCCUGAAGUUGAGGGACACCGUCCUUUUCACGGAACUUCCAGAUGA